GCAGACCCUUUUGGCCUGGCACUUUAGCCUGAAUGCUCACCCAGCACAGAGAGGAACCCCAGAGCUACGCUACACACACCAACCCUACAGCCAAGCUAACAGCAAACAUGUCGGAAUCAUUGGGAAUCUGCUGUUGAGUGAAGUGAUGGAAGACUAACGAAACAUCUUAGCAGUAGGAUUACGGCAAAGUGCUCAGUUUCUGCUGUUGUGUGUAGAGAAGAUGAGCUCCAGAAGGCUGCUGAAUCGUUCGUUCUCAGCAGAUGGAGGAUCCAACAUCCACAGGACCUCUGAUAGGCUGGCAGGCAAUGGAAGUAACAGCUACAGCUACCUGGACACUGUCCGAACAGAGAGCAGGAGCACUCUUUACUGUGUUUUGGCCCAGUUAACUGAACUGACACAACCAAUGUUUGAGACCACCUUAAAAUCCAGAGCUGUGUCUGAAACCACCAAUGUCAAAUUCAGCUGUGUUGUCUCAGGUUAUCCUGCUCCUGAAGUGACUUGGUACAAAGAUGAUGUACAACUGGACAAAUAUUGUAGCCUCCCUAAAUAUAAGAUCAUUCAUGAAGGCAAGACACAUACCCUUCACAUAUACGAUUGUUCAUUGGAAGAUGCUGCUAUCUACCAGGUGUCAGCACGGAACAGUCAAGGAAUUGUGUCUUGUUCAGGAAUACUGGAGGUUGGCACCAUGAAUGAGUACAAGAUUCACCAGAAUUACUUUGCUAAACUAAAGCAGAAAGCAAAGCGUCGCCAUCGUGGGCAAGAAGAGAUCAGACAUCCUGACAAAGAAAAUGUUCCAGAUGCCAUGGACGCCGUCUGGGAAGGUAGCCCUGAAAGAGCUCAGAGGAAGUGCAGGUCACCCACGGACGCCAGCAUCCCUCAUAUUGAUGCAGCUUCUCCAGAGCAGCCAGAAGAGCUGCGAAAUCACAAGGAAACAGCAGUAGCUGCAAAUCCGCUGGAUGGCUUUCAUCCAGAGCCUUCAACUACUGUUAAGGCAGUCUCCAAUGAUGAUACAUUUAACAAUGGACAAGCAAUAGUAGAUCAUAAUAUGAUAAAUGUGGUAAACUUUGCAUCUAAUAGAAUGCCAGACGAGGAUCUUUUUGCCAAGAAGAAGAUCAAAAUCUCAGCAGAAGGAGGUGAGAGAGGAGGAGAAGACAGACAGGCUGACAGAGAGCAGGAGAGAAAGAAAGAGACUCAAAGAGGAAAAGACAGAAAUCUCUCAAAAGCAAAUCUGUCACCAUUACCUUCAGAGGUGCAGAUGGAGGUAGAUAGCAAUGUCAUUCAGCCUAAAGCUACAUCAGAACUGAGGAGUACAGUUAAGGAAGUCAAAACAAAACUAAGAAAAAAUGAAUUUUUAGAAAUGGCUGAACGAAACAGAAACAUGUCUGCCACAAAGCCCCCUGCACCUCAGAAACAGCCUUUGGUGAAGAUUUCUACAGCAACAAAAACUGACACAGCCAGAAGACCUACAGAUCUCAAAAGAUCUACCAAGGUAAAGAGGGAAAAUCCACUUCCUGCUGUACCAUCUCAAUCUCCUUCUCACCUAACUGAUGUUUCACCACAUGACAGGGCAGUAAAAAAGAGUCUCACAAAGAAAAAUCAGAUGGCUAUAGAAAGACCAGGUGAUCCACUAUCAGGUGAGCCUGGAAGAGGUCAUGCUGAGCAGGUUGGCAGCAGAACGUUCUUUGUUAGCAGGGAGUGUACAGAAGCACCAGAGGGACUGAACUCUGGAGAUACUAAGGAACAGGCAUUAUUUGAGAGUGUGAUGAUCCCACCUCAGAUUGGAGGCAGAAUUACACUCAUCAUGGAUACCAGUGAGAGGAAUGUGUGUGUACCAUACACCACAAGCAUGGCUACAAAGGAUCAAAUACCUGAUCACAUGGAAACAGCUAUUUGUGACAACUCCACUACCCACCACAUAGAGACAUGCACAGAUUUGAAGCAGCAGCCUUCUAAUGGUGUCAUAGAAGAUAAUAUGGGAAAACCUUCCUCAUAUAAACUUCAUAUUACAAAUCAUAAGCACAGGCAGAACAUGGAACAACAUCCCAUCAGAUCAAACAAGUCCAGCACACACCCUGGCACAGAGUGUCAUCAGAAAGGCCAAGAAAUUUCCUUGUUGGGUGAGAACACCCCCCUGAGACACAGUUCACAAACACAGCAACAAGACCAAGUUACAUCAGCUAUGAAUUCUUCUCAAGUUGACGCAAAAGAGCAGGAUCAGGAACAUAGAAACCGAAUGACUGAAGAACACUGCAUAGGAAAUAAAUCCGGAAUACCAGCAGCAGAUUCAUUAAAAAAGUCCCAACAGCAUGAGGUUGACAUCAGUGUAACUGAAAUUGGCAGUAAUAAAACUGUAUGUGUGAAUGCAAAAACAGAAACAGAACACCUGAUACCAGGCAUCAGUGAUGCCUAUCAGGCCAUAGGUACAGACUCGCAACUGCACCAUCCCUCAAAUACCUUAAACUCAGAAACUCUGCAGUUACAAACCCAGGAAUUAUCUGCAUUAUCCAGUCAGUCAGCACAAGCUACUGACAUCCAAGAGUGCAAGAAAAUAUCAGAGUCUACCAUCCCUGCAGUAGAUGAGAACGAAAAAGGAACACCUGGCAAAAACUCUUGGGAAUAUGAGAGGAAGUCGUUAGUGGAAAAUGACUUUGCAAAAACUGGCAGUGAAGUUUGUUUCCCUCCUGCGUCCCCAGCACCUGCUGGUAAACCCCCUAAACCAGAAACCUCAGCUUCCUCCAAAAUCCUCUCUUCAUGCUUAGAAACUGUUAUCCCUUUGAUUUAUGUCACCGAUGUGGACAGUACGCAGGAGAAUGAUGGUACAGAUACAGCAACACAUGAAAGUCCAGAUUUUAAAAAUAGAAAUAAAAGUGCUGAAUCCAGUCUUGCUGACAUUUCAGUCACUACCAAUGAACAAAACAACAAUAUAUUAAAUCAAAUAGGAUUUAAACAGACAGAUACAGUGCUCGCCGAUAGUGCUGCUCUGACCGAUAAAACCCUGCCAGGCGUGGUUAGUGCACCAUUGAACUUACAACCCUCGGAAGUUAACAGAGCCUGUCAAGCACUGGAAAAAAGUGUGAAAGUGAAUGAGUCUUUAACUGUGCCGAGUUCCCAAAGUGCCGACGCAGCUGGUUCUGGGCCAGUAACAGAUAACAAUACACCACGCACUGCUGAGGGCAGCACAACGACUAAAUUAUCAGGCACAGCUGAAACCACAAAUAUCACGUCAUUAUUGAUGCAAAAUUUCACUCAACUAAAUUUGGUCAGGGAAUGUCCUGAAAGUUCACAGGAAUCAAACCUUUUGCUCACUGAAAAACAUCCUUCUCCACCUUCAGCGGGCUCUGUCUAUUUAAUUCAGGAUCUUAAGAAUGCGGCCCUGAACCUGGAGGACAUGAGUGACGCAGCUGUGGUCCUGCAGAACACAGUGCCACAGCCAGGAAGAAACCUGAGGACAGAGGACACACUGGCUGUGCCCCAGAAACAUGCCUUAAGAGUCUCUCAGGAGAACAUUUCCUCUCAAGCUAAAGAAGAGGAGACCAUAGUGCAAAUGGCAGGGGACACAGAGGUAAAGGAAGGAGCACCACAUGGGGACAACCUUCCUCCACAGGAGUCGCUUAGCAGCCUGCCAGCCCAAACACCACCAGAGAGGAUUUCCUCUGAGCUUAUAUAUCAGGAUGUCUUGCUCGCACUCCCAAAUCACGACCAAGAACUUGUGCAAGGAUCAGCACAGCUCAAAGCUCCACAGGUAAUCCGUAAGAUCCAAACAGAGAUAUGUGAUACCUCUGGGAACGUGAAACUCUGGUGCCAGUUUUUCAAUGUGCGGAGUGACUCUAUUCUCAGAUGGUAUAAGGAUGAUGUGGAGAUGACAGAAAUGAAGAGCAGUGCAGGUGAUGAGAGUCAGGUGUCCUUGGCUGUUGUUCAGAUGUCUGAAAGAGACUGUGGGCUUUAUAGGUGUACCAUCACUAAUGAAUAUGGCACAGAUUUCACAGAUUACCUUCUCACCUCUGAGAGUCCCUCUAGUUUGGUCCUGCGUGAAGAUUCUUCAGAAGUGGGGGAAGAGAUUGAGAUGACUCCUCUGCUCUUCGGUAAGGGUCUGUCCAGUGCAGGUUACUGGGGUGUUACGUUUUUUGGGCGCAUUUUGACAGAGGAGGCACAGGUUGGGACAGGUUGCGAACACAAGACCAGCCGGGCUAAGGUGAUCUACGGGCUGGAUCCAGUGUUCGAUAUGGGGAACUCAUGUCUCAUAAAGGUACAAAGCCCUAUAGCUUACAGAGGGAGAGAGGAAAUCAACCUGGCUGAAAGGAAUAUCCAAAUAACCAAGCAGGCCUGUAAGAUUCAAAACCUGGCAAGAGAGUACUGCAAGAUCUUUGCAGCCCAGACAAGAAUGAUCGAGAAUUUUGGUUCAGAACUUGAGUUUUUGCCUCUGUAUUUCAUUUACCGGCCAGCGAGAAACAUUCCUUACGCCACAGUAGAGGUGGAACUUAAGGGUGUUUAUCUUCACUACUGUGGCCUGGACAAGGCAGGGUCACUGGUGGUGAAGGAAAGGUCAGAAGUAGCACAGAAGUGUUCCUCCUUCCAGCAUUGGAUUUACCAGCACACUAAUGGCAACCUACUGUUCACCAGGCUCGAGGGUGUUGAUACAAUAAUGACAAACAUUGGAGUAUCAGUUAAAUCUGAAGGGUAUCAGGGCUUCCCCUGCAGGGCUAAUCCUUUGGUUUUUGAAAAAUUCCAGUCUCAGCAUCAGUGUAAUUAUUUCUGUGGCCUCCUCGGCCUCAGACCUCUCAAAGUCACAGAAAAACUCCGGGCCGCAGUCCGACCCAAGGCUUCCCAAAGCCCCCAGCCUCCCUGCCGGGCAGACAAUGGUCAGUGCCCACAGACCCAGCGCAAGGCCUGUCACAACCAAAGGGACAUACUACAAGACAACCUGCUUCAAUCUGCUAAAAACUGAAGCGUGGGAGAAACUUCACCAUUCAGCAGGAUUUUGAUCCCAAGCACAAGGCCAGAGCAAAGAGUGGUUGAACAACAAAAAGGUGAAUGUUAAACAAUGGUCAUGUCAAAGUCUACAGGAUGACUCUCAAUCCAAUUGAACACCUGUGGCACUAUUUGAAAAUUAAAGUCCACAAGCAUAUUCCAAACAGCCUACCAAAAAUCUGCCAAGAAGAAUGAGAGAAAAUCACUCCUAAACAGUGUUCAAAGCUGGUAGAAAUAUACCCCAACAGAUUUAACGCUGUUCAACAAAAGGUUUUUACCAAGUACUAGUCUGAAGCAACCGAAUCUUAUAAGCAACAUUUUUUCAGUUUUUAACAUUUUAAAAGAUCUGCUGACAAAAUACAUUUUGACUUUGAACAUUUAGAACAUAUUGGUUUGCAAUAAAAAUACUGGCUGUAAA